AUGUCUAAUAAACGGGGACGUCCAAAGUGUACAAUUUCUGAAUUUUUUGUUGAGGUUCCAGGAGAUGACGGAAAGCCAAAGUUUUGGAAUUCAUCAGAUAAAGAAAUGGCAUGCACCUUCUGUUUAAAAAAAAAUGAAAAUUCUUUUGAAUAUUUAGAACGAGGAAAAGAAAUUGUAAUAGGCAAACCACGAUAUUAUACUCAGCAUCUUCUUGCUUGUUUAAAUGCUCCUAGUGAUUUAAGGCAAGAGCUUCAAGGUGAAGCGAACAAUAUUGGUGAUGCUUCAGAAAGUUCAGUUUUAAGCAAACGCCUUAAGUCUAAUCAUAAUGAAGAACGGUUUGAAAAUGGGAUUUCUAAAUACCUUCUAAAAUCUCCAACAGACAAAUGGAUUAAAGAAUUUCAAGAAAAGCUUUUAAAUGCAACUAUCUCCAACGGAUGGUCAUUUCAGUGGAUAGAAAAUAAUGAAUCAUUAGAACUUCUUCAUUUUCUUAAUCCAACUUUACAGCUUAAAUCUACUGCAAUUCCAUCUCGUCGAACAUUAGGAGGAAAACUUCUUAAUACUGCUGCAAAUAAGCUUCAAACCAAGACUAUAAAAACUUUACAAAGUGCAAAAGCUAUUACUCUUACCUUCGAUGGUUGGAAAAAUGUUGCAAAGCAAAAUAUUCUUGGCAUUACUUGUAUUACAAAAGAAGGUGAAGUAAUAAUAUAUGAUGCAAGAGAUAUUUCAAGUGAACGUAGCUCCAUGGAGGCUACAAUAAAAUUGGUAAAGGAUUUAUUAAUAGAAGAUGAAUUAAAAGAUGUUAAGAUUAUUGCAGUUGUCACGGAUUCAUCAAGUGGAUAUGCUGCUGCAUGUCGCAAAUUAAGAAAAGAAUUAUCAACAAUAAUUUGGCUACCUUGCUUUGCUCAUCAAGCAAAUCUUUGUAUCGUUGAUAUUUUCAAGUCAUCGCAAUCUUUUUUUACUACAAUUAAGCAAGCCGUAGUAGUUACUACUUUCUUUAAUAAAUCACCUUUUUUUACAACACUCCUUAAAAAUACUUGCAAUGAUCUUAAAAUUCCUUAUUUUGCUCUCACUAAUCCUACUAAAACUCGGUGGUAUUCAUAUUUUAAUUGUAUUCGAGCUCUUUUAAAAAGCCUUUCAGUAACUCACGGAACAAGUAUCCGAAUACAUGAUAAAAAAGCUUUACUUCUUUCUCAAUCUGUUACAAGUAUCUUAGAUGAUCGCAAGUUUUUUAAUGAUCUUCGUAUAUUAAAAGCAAUACUAAAACCUUUUGUGGAAGCAAUUGUCUUGCUUGAAAAAAAUAAUACCCGUCUAUAUCAUGUUCUUAUUUGUUUUGGACAUUUUAGUCAAAUUUUUUCUAAAAGUGAAACUGACGAUCAAGAAAUUCAGGAAUUCAAGUCAAUAAUAAUAAAACGUCUUGAAAAACAUUGGAAAGACUGGGAGCAGCUACUUCUUUUGUUGGCAUAUUUUUUAAAUCCUGACCUUCGAUUAAGCAAUUUAAAUUUAAAAGCAAGUAAUAUUUCUUUUGUGAAAUUAUGCAAAUAUGCUCAAAUAUAUUAUGAAAUGUGGGCAGGAAAUAAGCCGCAAACACUUGCUAAUGAAAUGACACAAUAUCGUGACAAGACAUUUCCUUUUGAUGAUUAUCAAGCCAACCAAUUUAAGGAUACACCACUUCGGUUUUGGAAAUAUGUUGAAGAAGAAGCACCUGAACUUGCAUUUAUUAUUAAUUCAGCAAGUGUUGAACGAUUGUUUAGUGAUAUGGGCUUUAUUCAUUCAAAGCGUCAAGUUCGUCUUAAUGAAAAAAAAGUUAUGAAAAUAGCACAACUUCGGGCUAAUCAACGUAAAGAAAAUAUGAAAAAAUUAGAUUCAAAGAAACUCAAUAGCAUGCAAAUACAUGCGCAAAAAAAAAGUUCAAUUAAUAAUAUGAAUACGAAUAAUGAAGUAUCAGUUAAUGUGGAGUCUAGUACAAAUCAAAUGAUCGAAGAAACUGAUAGUUCUGAUGAAGAAAUAGAAUCUGAGCUUAUUUUAGAUGAAUUAGAUUGUACUAGAGUUGUUAAUGAGUGGUUUAUGGAGUUAGACGAUGAAGUAUACGAAGCAGAAGACUAUGAUUUAGAUAAUACUGAAAUUUUACACCUGGCAGAAGACCCUCAAGCAAAAUGGAACCUAAAUACUCUUUUUUCAUCAACUUUGUCGAAUUUGUCAAGCAUUGAACUAUAA